AUAUAGCUCAGAUGCCACAGAACUCUUCCACACAGCAGUAGCGUCUAGCAAACUAGCAUUGUCCAGAGUGGUGGCUUCCUCUGAUUUACCGUUUAAGCGUAUAGCUUCAGGGAGUGUCAGCAGUGAAACACUUCUGCUUUUGACCAACAGCAGAGGUUUUCUAAAUAAAUUGAAGGGUUCGCCAGAAACCUGCCCUUUAACCCCAGCCAAGAGCGCGCCGCCGGGCGUGCGGCCGCCCCUCCCCGCGCCCUCAGGCCGCCGCCUCAGCCGCAGGGAACAGCUCCGAGGCCGGACACCACGUCAGGCCGCCGACGGCCGGCCCCUCAGCGCGUUCGCACUGUCCGCGCGCGGCCGUCCAGGCGCACCGCCCGCCGCCCAGCUGCGGAGUCACACGCGGGGACCUCCCCCCGGCGCCCCGCCCCCGAAGCUCGCACACAGCACCCCCGGCCGCUCUCCGGGGCAGCUCCACAGCCCCGCGCCGGCCGCCCUGCCCGGUGACCACCCCGCGCGGGGGGAAGCCUCGUCCGCCCCGUUCCUCCGCCAGGUCACAGGGGCGCCGUCCGCCCCCGGCGGGAGGAAGGGGCGUGACGUCGCCAGAACUCCCGAGUGACGUCACGCGGGCGCGGGCGGGGCGGGCCGGUAGCCUCCGAGCCCGGCCGGCAGCCCUCGGCCCUGCCCCGCCCGCGGAAAGCGCGGGCUGCCCCGAGGGGCCGGCGUUCCCGCCGGGGGUUUGCAGGCUGCGAGGGCAAGAGGAGGAAAGCGAGCGGCCGUUUCUGCGCAGCCCCAGAGCGCGCCGCCUCUCCCCGGGGCUCUUGGGAAUCUCGAGGCAAUCCUGGAAGGCGUGAGUAUUUCAACUGUCCAAAGACAACUUCAUACCUAUAUAAUGUAACAGAAAAGGUCAGAAGAUAUUAGGCAAUUAGAAGUGUGGAGUGUAUUAAGCAAGAUGAGCGUCUCUGGCAGCAGUUCUGGAAGCCCUAGUUCUGCAGAUGUAUCUAAUGACUUUAAGGAUCUUUGGACAAAAUUAAAGGAGUAUCAUGAUAAAGAAGUACAAGGUUUACAAGUAAAAGUAACCAAAUUGAAAAAGGAACGAAUUUUAGAUGCACAAAGGCUAGAAGAAUUCUUCACCAAAAAUCAACAGCUGAGAGAGCAACAGAAAGUCCUUCAUGAAACCAUUAAAGUUUUAGAAGAUCGGUUAAGAGCAGGAUUAUGUGAUCGCUGUGCAGUAACUGAAGAACAUAUGCGGAAAAAACAGCAGGAGUUUGAAAAUAUCCGGCAGCAGAAUCUUAAACUUAUCACAGAGCUUAUGAAUGAAAAGAAUACUCUACAGGAAGAAAAUAAAAAGCUUUCUGAACAGCUGCAGCAGAAAAUUGAGAAUGACCAGCAGCAUCAAGUAACUGAGCUUGAAUCUGAGGAAAAUGCUAUUCCAGAUUCACCAAUAACGGCCUUUUCCUUUUCUGGCAUUAACCGGCUACGGAGAAAGGAGAACCUCCAUGUCCGAUACAUAGAACAAACACAUACUAAACUGGAACACUCUCUGUGUACAGAUGAAUUGAGAAAAGUUCCAAAAUCUUCAACUCAUCUGCAACAAAAGCCUAAUGAAAAUGAAACUCUAGUGGCUGACACUUGUGAUCAAAGUCAGUCUCCAAUGGCUAAAACACAUGGGACAAGCAGUUAUCCCACUGAUAAGUCAUCUUUUAAUUUAGCUACAGUUGUUGCUGAAACACUUGGACUUAGUGUUCAAGAAGAAUCUGAACCUCAAGGUCCCGUGAGCCCUCUUGAUGAUGAGCUCUACCACUGUCUGGAAGGAGAUCACAAGAAACAACCUUUUGAGGAAUCUGCAAGAAAUAGUGAAGAUAGUUUAAGAUUUCCAGACUGUAAUUCAAAGACUCCUCCUCAAGAAGAGUUGCCCACUCGGGUAUCAUCUCCUGUAUUUGGAGCUACGUCUAAUGUGAAAAGCAGUUUAGGUUUGAAUACAAGUUUGUCCCCUUCUCUUUUAGAGACUGGGAAAAAAAAACAUCUGAAAAUGGCACCUUUCAGCAAUACUUCUAACUCUAGAUCAGAGAAAACUAGAUCAAAAUCUGAAGAUAAUGCCCUUUUCACACAUCUUUAUCUUGGGUCUGAGGUGAACAAGAUCAUUAGCCAAUCAUCUUCUAAUAAGCAAAUGCUUAUAAAUAAAAAUAUAAGUGAAUCCACAAGUGAACAGGAGAAUCUUGAUCAUAUUAAAGAUGCUAUUACUGAUAAAGAUAAACAUGUGAUGUCCCUGAAAUCAUUGGGAGGCAGAACAUCCAAAAGGAAGAAAAUUGAGGAAGAAAGUGAAGAUGAAGUAAGCUGCCCCCAAGCUUCUUUUGAUAAAGAAAAUGCUUUUCCUUUUCCACCCGAUAGUCAUUCUUCCUUGAACGGAGACUGUGUGAUGGACAAACCUCUGGAUCUGUCUGAUCGAUUUUCAGCUAUUCAGCGUCAAGAGAAAAGCCAAGGAAGUGAGCCCUCUAAAAUCAGAUUUAGGCAGGCGACUCUCUCUGAGGCUUUGAAGCCCAUCCCGAAGAGCUCUUCUUCAAGCCGCGAGGCCUUGAGUGGGAGCUGUACGUUAACCAGAGAUUCCCCAGAGGAGCCCUGUUUACAGGAUUGCGGCCUCCAGUCUUUGAGUAAAUCCUCUCCAGAUAAUAAAACACCAUUACAAAUAAAGGAAGAAAAUCCUGUCUUUAAAAUCCCUCUAUGUCCACGUGAAAGUUUGGAGACAGAGAGUCUUUUUGAUGACAUGAAGGGUGCUGGUUCUCAUGAGCCAAUAAAAAGAAAACCCAGGUCAAUCCAUGGAGCAUGUGAACUUGCGUCUGUUCUUCAGUUAAAUCCGUGUAGAAUUUCUAAAGCAAAGUCUUCACAAGACAGCCAAGAUACGUCCUUUGAAAAUACCCAGUGGAGUGUAGAUCCAGGAGCAGACCUUUCUCAGUAUAAAAUGGAUAUUACUGUAAUCAACACAAAGGAUAGCAGUCAGUCAAGAUUAGCAGGAGGAGAGACAGUGGACAUGGACUGUACAUUGGUUAGUGAAACUGUGCUUUUAAAAAUGAAGAAGCAAGAGCAGAAGAGAGAAAAAAGUCCAAAUGGAGAAAGAAAAAUGAAUGAUAGCUUGGAAGAUAUGUUUGAUCGGACAACACAUGAAGAAUAUGAAUCCUGUUUGGCAGAUAGCUUCCCCCAAGUAGCAGAUGAAGAGGAGGAAUUGUCAGCUGCCACAAAGAAACCAAACACUCAUGGUGAUAAACAAGAUAAAGUCAAACAGAAAGCAUUUGUGGAGCCGUAUUUUAAAGAUAAUGAAAGAGAGACUAGCUUACAAAAUUUUCCUCAUAUUGAGGUGGUUCGGAAAAAAGAAGAGAGAAGAAAAUUGCUUGGACACACAUGUAAGGAAUGUGAAAUUUAUUAUGCAGAUAUUCCAGCAGAAGAAAGAGAAAAGAAGUUGGCUUCCUGCUCGAGACACCGAUUCCGCUACAUUCCACCCAACACACCAGAGCAUUUCUGGGAAGUUGGUUUUCCUUCCACUCAGACUUGUAUGGAAAGAGGUUACAUUAAGGAAGAUCUUGAUCCUUGUCCUCGUCCAAAAAGACGGCAGCCUUACAAUGCAAUGUUUUCACCAAAAGGCAAGGAGCAGAAGACAUAGGUAUUGAAGCAAAAACAGGAUAGAGCACAGUUUUUCUUCUUGUUAGUUAUUUAUAGUUAAAGUUGGUAUUAAACAUUGAUUUUUUUUUGAUCUUCUGUAAACUGAUUUAUAAAUCAUUUUUCUAUUGAAAUAUUUUUAAAUGGCAUUUAACCACCAUACAAACAACUAUUUAAAAUGUGGAUAAGUGUAUGUUGUAUGUAGUUGCUUUUGCACCUUUAAAACAAUAAGGUGCUUUCAUUUUGCACUCUAACUUAAGAGUUGUUUAUUUACUGUAUUUGGUAAUACCUAAUUACAAUUUGGAAAAUAUGG